AAAAAGAAUCUAUUGAUUCCAAAGGGAGGAUAAUGCUUCAAAAAUUGGAAAACAAACAGACAUCAACAAAGCCGAGUCAUUCCAAAUCUGCAAAAAAGGAUAAUACAUCAAGUCUUGGCGAGUCAACCACAAGCCUUGUCCCACAUGGUCAGGCAAAAGAUCCAAGAGGUGGAUUGAUACACACAAAGAAAUUAAUACCGAUAAAGAACUUACAUGUGAUAGUAGAAAAGAUGACAUUGUGUGAAAGCGCUGGAUUUAAGAAUGAAUAUAUGGAAAUAAAGAAGGGAGAACUUUAUCCUUGUUUAGAAGCCAAAAAGUCUGAAAAUGUGUCCAAAAACCGCUAUAAAACAACAUAUGCUUAUGAUCAUUCCCGUGUUAUUCUGUCAACAUUAUCGAGCGGAUCCAACUACAUUAAUGCGAAUUUUAUUGAGGAUACUCAAGGACAAAGGGCGUAUGUAGCUACUCAAGGUCCAAAGUCAAAGACGGUAUCUGAUUUCUGGUCAAUGGUUUGGCAAGAAAAGCUUAAUAUAAUUGUGUGUUUGACAAAUCUGAAGGAGGGAGAAAAGACUAAAUGCUCUCAAUACUGGCCCAACAAUGGCGAACAAAUAAGGACUGGAGAGUUUACCAUUUAUACCGAGAAGGAGAUUGUUUAUGCAGACUAUGUUAUAAGAACUCUUCGUCUAAGUAGAAAAAAUAUCAAAACAAACAUGGCGGUGAUGAUGUUCCAUUACACAAAAUGGCCAGACCACGGGGUUCCUGAUCCACUAAGUCUUGUCAUAUUUCAUCGUCACGUGAUGCGGAUGUCUGAUGUGGUUCGCGGAAAAUACAUCCUUGUACACUGCAGUGCCGGCAUAGGAAGAACGGGGACGUAUAUAGCACUGGACGCCCUCUACCGGGAAGGUGAAAAGACAGGAAAAGUUAAUGUGCAGAAGUAUGUAGAAAUCAUGAGAAAAGACCGAAUGAACAUGAUACAGGGUAGUGAUCAAUAUGAAGUUGUCUAUUUGACGCUCUUUGAGUCUUUUAGAGGAAAAUCUGAAUGUAUGUCUACUGAGUCAUUUUUGAAAGAAUACCAGCAACACUCCUGUUACUCAAAUUCUGGAGGAAAUUCAACCAACACAAAAUCUGAGGAAUUUGAGGAAUUGGCGAAUCUGAGAAAAAAGCAUUCCAAAAAGGAUUUUGAAUCGGGACAUGCUAAUAUUACGGCAAACUACACGCCAUCAAUUUUACCACUUGAGGAAUUCAGAUGUUAUCUGGACUACGUGAAAAAUAGAGGAACCUAUUAUAACGCUGUUCUUCUAAAGUCUUUCACUAGAAAUGACGCCUUGAUCAGCGCUCAGUACCCGCUUCCUGAUUACACGGAAGACUUCCUCAGAUUACUGACAGAUUUUGAUGUCCGCGUUGCCGUAUUCUUAUCUCCAUUGAGAGAUAUUUCCUCGUCUACCCAAUGGUUUCCAUUCAAAAAACAGACAAAAACAUUGGGAUCGUUCACAGUAAAAUUUGCAGAAUCUUCAAAUUCCAACAAUAUAAAUACCACAGAAAUUUUGCUGAAGCGAGAGGGUAGUGGUAAUAUAAGAAGAUUGGCUGUAGUUGAAUGCAGGGCGUGGAAAGACGGCUUGUCUUUAGAUCAUAGGGCGUUACUUGACGCGAUAAAGGAAACAAAAAUUGAGAAAAGCCUCACUGGAAGCAGAAUUCUAAUCUUGUCAAAUGACGGUGCCAAACGAUGCGGGCCAUUCUGUGUUGUUUACAACUGCUUGGAGCAAAUAUCCCUUGACAACGAAUUUGAUAUGUUUACCAAUACACGUUUGCUUCAAAUUCGAAGACCGGAAUUUAUCUCCACCUUGGAUGAAUACCAGUUUUGCCAUGAUGUUUUAGCUGAAUAUCUUCAGAAUGAUACAGUUUACGCUAAUUGCUAAAUGGACAUAUCUGCAAAUAGUUAAACUUAAUUAAAUUCAUAUAUAAUUUUAUUCACAAAACGUUAAUGGGAUUGGGAAGCAGGGGUCGCCUAUAUUAGCCCUCUCUCUAGUGAAAAUACUGAGAAGUUUAUUGUUUGCUGUAAAAAAUAAUGACUUUACCAGUUUUAGGCAUUAAGGAUUAUCAUUUUACCUUUAUUUGUUGUAAUGUAUAGACGCAAUACAGCAUAUGUUAAGUCAUCGACGGACCAAAAAAAAAAACCCAGAAUAAUGCACAUGUACAUAUUUAUGUUUUUUUCCCCAUUUAUUUGUUUAUAAUCAGAUACGUAAUAAAAUACGAUAUAUUUUCUUCAACUGAAUUCAUUCAUUAGAUUAAUAAGAGAAUAGUAUAAUGCGUUUAGAAAUUAUUUUGUAUUUUACAAGUAAGUCUAGAUCUCUUCAUUGAAUGUUUCUUAACAUGCAACACGUUUAGCAAAUUGCUACUUAAAAAGUGUUAUUUUUAAGAAGAUCAAGUUUUCACAUUUGGACCUCUUCAUUAUCAUACCUUUUUCUACAUUUAUUUUAUUCAUUUGUACUUAUUUUGGUAGUUUUCAAAGACACGAAGUCUAAAAACAAACAGAGAAGGAAAUGGUUUUGUGUGCAUUUAUUGUUUAUUUUCUUCCCUGUCAAUAUUAUAUAAUACUUAAUAAACAUUGACUUAAAGGCUUCGGAAUGUGAAAAAGUACAGAGACUAUAGCUACCAAUCAACAGAACAGAAGGAAAUAUAUUUAUAAUAUCUUUAAUGCAUUUCUUUCCAAAUGUUAUUUACUUCCAUUGACCCUUAAUGCAAUGUCAAAUAUAAAUCACGUAAUAAUCUUAAGGAAACAACCGCCUUUGAUUAACAUUGGUUCUUAAAUGCCAUUGGUAUAUGUACUGUGAUCAGUGUAAAAAAAGUAUGCAGGUUAAGGUUUCUUCCUUAUACUUUACGACUAUUUUACAUGUGACUUAAUAUGAAAAUACAAUGAAAUGAAAGAAGGUACAUCGUUGGUAGAAAUUGUGUUAAUUUCUGCCUUAUUUCCUGAUCCAAUAGAUAAGUUUCUCUUUUAUCUGACGACAUAGGUAUUACAUAACAAUGCACAUUGUGUUUAACCUUUAUGUACCUUCUUUUUGAAAUACACAUCGUGUUAAAUAAAUAUUUUUGGUUAUUCCGACUCACAUCUUUAUUACAGAUUAUGUGAAUGUUUGAAUAAAUAGUGCGGAAAACUAAGUGGGACAGACUGACAGACAUACAGAGGUACAGACAGACGGGGAGAAAAAUCUAUAGUUUAAUCCAGUUACACCGGUAGUGGACUAAUUGA